ACUCCUUUGGCAACUGCCCUCCCUCUUCUAUGCGGCCCCUGGAGACACACCCCCCUGGGACUUAAUGCGCAGGCGCCGCUCUACCCAACUUGCAUUCGGCUGUCUCGUUACGCAUGCCCGGGCGGCGGCGGCGGUCGGGUGCUCUACGGCCUUCACCGCCGGAAGUUCGGCGGCCAUCACCAAAGAGUGCAGGUGAAGGGCGCGGUACGUUGGAGCUUUGAGCAAGCCUCCUCGCUUCCUCCCACGGGAUCCCGGGACAGGCCCUACGCCUUGGCUGAUCAGCCCUAGGCUGAAGAAAUAGCGACCCAGUAUCAUGGCUGGCAGCCCUAAUGAAGAUUCGGAAGGAAGCCGAAUUACUUAUGUGAAAGGCGACCUUUUUGCAUGUCCCAAAACAGACUCUUUAGUGCACUGUAUCAGUGAGGACUGUCGAAUGGGCGCUGGGAUAGCUGUCCUCUUCAAGAAGAAAUUUGGAGGGGUGCAGGAACUGUUAAAUCAACAGAAAAAGUCUGGAGAAGUGGCUGUUCUGAAGAGAGAUGGACGAUAUAUAUAUUACCUGAUUACAAAGAAAAGGGCAUCACACAAGCCAACUUACGAAAACUUGCGGAAGAGUUUAGAGGCCAUGAAGUCCCACUGUCUGAGGAAUGGAGUCACCGAACUCUCCAUGCCGAGGAUUGGAUGUGGUCUUGAUCGUCUGCAAUGGGAAAAUGUAUCCGCAAUAAUUGAGGAGGUCUUUGAGGCAACAGACAUCAGAAUUACUGUGUACACACUCUGAAUAGAAGAGCAUUUUGGAUGUGUCUACCUUCUGCAUCACCUGGGCCACAGGACUGCGCAAACUGACCUUAAAAUGGUCAGAGGACCGUUUCUUGUGAAGUAGUCUGUGUCACAGGCCAGACCUGGGUUGCUGUAUUCUCAGGAUUGAAUGGGACUCUGGAGGAGGGGUUGCUUGAUGCUGGGAAUUUUUCUUUUUCAGGAAGGUAAGGGGAGGGACCAAAUGUUGGGCCUAGGACCUCUUAUUUUGCUGGGGAUGCUAUGUGAUUUGUUUGGGUUGCCACUAGGUGGCAGCAUUACUUUUACUUCUCUGCUGUUUUAAGAGAAAUUUCAGGAAGGAUGACCGUUUUCAGUUAAUUUUGCAUCUUGUGUCAUUUGUGCACUUACUUGGUAUCAUCCUUAUGGCAUCAAAUUCAUCCUAGGACAGAAUUAUGGGUUUGAUUUUUGUUUAAAUUACAAAAGUUUUAUGCUUACAAGGAAUUUGUGGUGACAAAAAUGGAAAACUAAAGAUCUUUUGGGGGGGGGGGUGCUCCAAUGAGGUUCUGUGUACAUGUCUGUGUUGAUUUGUACUUGGCUAAUGGCGGGUUCAUGCGUCAGAGGGCCCAGUCGGAAGAGGGCCACGUGAGAAGACGUCAGAACGGGCAAGGACACUGGGGAGGCAGGCUUUCAGAGUCUCCUAGCGAAUGCUUCCUCUGUCCUGGCCACCAUGUAGUUUCUGUGACUGCACCUGUCUGAAUUCAGUCAUAAAACAGAACAACGUAUGCGAAAUACCUGGCAAGGUUCUUAGUGUGAACUAAUGAAUGACUCAAUCCGCAGUUCUCAACAAAAUGCAUACAAAUCUCUUUAAAAUAAAGGUCCAGUCCCUCUUAAAUAGGAAUUUAAUGGGGGGGGGCGGGGGGAGAGUUGCCAGUUUUGUGUUUUUGAGCUCCAGAAGAUUCUGACAUCUAUCCAGCUGGGAUGGAAAAGAGUAAAUUUGUCCCCUUCUAAGCUCAGAGCAGCACUUUGUCCACUCUUGAUUUUCAUGGUGGAAGAAUAAGGCUCAUGGAUUUUAGUCAGUGGUUCAGUAUCAGAGGUGUGGGGAAAACUAGGAGACUAUUUCCACCCUCUGUUCUCUUACUGUGGUAUUGAGAUCAGACAGGCCUGCUAUUGAUUUUCUCCAUAGAGUGAAUUCUUGGUCUGUCAUAGGACCUGCUGCUUUCCCAAGUGUAAAAGAAUCGGAUUUUAGAAGGGGCUUGUGGAAACACCAGGAGAGCACUGGUUAAAUGUAAUCUUUGUACUUUAGACUUGUGUUCUUAUCGCCUGGCAGCCUGAUAUGAGGCAGCAGUUUCAAAAAGUAUUUGACUUCUUCUGUAUCUCUAUGUGUAACAGACAAGUUCUUCAUGUUGAUGGGGUAAGGGCAGUGCUGGGAGCAAGUUCAUUGUCAGACUUUUAGACUAAGGCUUUUCUUGUAGCUUUGUUUCAGUCCACAGACACACAGUGAGGUUGAAAGGGAAGAAAGAAUGUACAAAAGUGAAAAGGAGAGUGGGGUGGUAAGAGGAAACUAGAAUUGAAGUAUUUCGCUUAACUCUGCAAAUACAUCUUACCACUGGGUCAAAACAUUGGUUUUCCAGGCUUCUGCUACGUUUUAAUGGACUAGGGUUAAUUUGUUUCAUGGAGUAUGAGCCUUGUUCACAUUCUUAUUAACAAAACCUAGUCUUGUGAAGGUCUGGCUGUAAGUGGAAUUCCACAGGGAUGUGAUAAAGUGCCCUGUCAUUUGCAGAUAGUCUUGGGGUCAAAUUCCGAUGACUUAUCACACUUGAAGCCUGGGGAAAGGAGGCAUGACCUGAUAAUCAGAAUGGGCACAUUAUUCCUGGAAACCUAGUUAGAGUUUGGCGAACACCCAGAAAUUCACACGUGAAAUUUUGCUUCUACAUAGGACUCAAACAAGCCUUUUAAGAAAUGAGACUUUUGACACCAUCCUGCCCUCGCCAUCAAGUAUGACGCACAGACUACCCCUACAUUAAGUGUGUCCAAACAUUUAGAUCCUACUUCUCGCCCUUUCCUCUUUAAUCAGGGGGCUAAUUGCUUAUGGAUUGGCAAUUGGGAUGUUUAUAUUCCUUAGGAACAGGUUUCCUGUGCCUUUUGUUUCAUCCUCUGCCAUACUCCUUGUUUCAGAGGAGAGAAAAGACACUCAUUUACAAAUAAUCUUGAGACAGUAUUUCCUGAAGGUCAAGACCAAGGUGUGAAGUCUGCAUGGGAGUUGGUACAUCCCGUGUAGCCCUGGCAAGUUCCAGUUUAAGAUUCUUCCACUUUAUAUAAUGUGGCUUGGUUCAUAGCCUGGGACAUCCCUGUUUCUGGCAUUUGCUGUCUAUAAUUUCUAAAUGUUAUCGUUCCUUAAAAAACCUGGUCACAGAAAGACCAUGCCACCUCUUUUAUUAAUGUUGCUGUUUAAAAAAAAAAAAAAUCCCAACUUAACAUGAGAUGCAUUUCUAGACAUGUUUCAAAGAUCUGUUCAGACUUUGGGUCUGAGGCUCUUUGCCCCAAGCCCAAUUGGGGGAAUAAUACGGACCUUGAGUCCCACAGAGCCUGGUGCCAUUUCUCUUCACAGCUCACUUUGCUGUUUCCCAAGAGCAGCCUUAGAGAGAGAGACACAGCUUAAGUGAUUUACAGCAUAAGUGUUUUGAGUCCUCAGAAGGCCUUGGGCAGUAGGGUUGGUGGGUGUCGGAUGUCGUUCAGCUCCAAGCGGUAUUAAGAAGUCAGGCAUGUCCCAGAUGACCACGUAUCAUUGCUGUCUCUUGGUGGCAGCAGGCAGACCUUUGUGAGAAAACAGAAAGCAAUGUUACUGAGAGCCCUGCUGGCCCCAAACAACGAAGAGUUUUCUCAGUUAGGGUUUCUUUGUGCCUUUCUCAAUGAAUGCCUGAAUUUCUCCAUAGCCACCUGUGGUUUCUGUUUUAUUCAGGAUUGGAUUUGUUUCAUUCAUAUUUUGGUGUGGUUCACACACAGAGAGCCCCAGAAGAGAUGUGCUUCAACUAUGUUGCCGCUGCUGCUGUCAAGUCACUAAGUUGUGUCUGAUUCUUUGCAGCUCCAUGGACUAGACAGCUAGGGUGCUCUGUCCAUGGGAUUUCCCAGGCAAGAAUCCUGGAGUGGGUUGCCAUUUGCUUCUCCAGGGGAUCUUCCCGACCCAGGGAUUGAACCCAUAUCUCCUGCUUGGUGGGCGGUUUCUUUACCACUGAGCCACCUAGGAAGCCUAACUAUGUUAUCUUGCUUUAACUAUAUGGUUAAAUCCUAUUCUGUCAUUUUUUCAAAAGAUGGAAGAAGAUAUAUGAGACACAUUUCUUUAACAAAUGCUCAUUUCUUGAGAGUAUUUUAAUUAAGCAGAGUUCUUUGGGGCUUUUAGAUUACAACUUGAUUUCAUGCCAGUUUUUUUUUUUUUUUUUAAUUUGGUACGUUUUAACCUCUCCCUUCAGGAAUAUGAGCAACCAAAAUAGAGUACAGGGAAGCAUGUUAAUGGGUCCAGAUAAUACAAUUAUGUACACUAAUGGAAAGAGACUUAGAAUGUGGAACUUGUUCAAUAACAUUUUAUUAAAAAAUUGACUUAGAAGUGGA